CAGAGGGGAGAGACCCCUGCCCUCCCCUGUAAGGGGUGGAGCCUCAAAGGGGUGGGGCAUCGAGAGCACCGUCCAGUUAAAAAACUUCUCCUGACAUUCUGAAAUUGUGUGUGGAUGACCUGAUUCGUCUCAGCUUGAUGAUUCUGCCAGUGGACUGUGAUUGUUGGUAGAAAGUCAGGCAUGCUCCUUCCUCUCUUUUCGGAUUAUGACCGAUUGAAGCUUCACUGGGGAACCUAAAGCAUGCUUCUAAGUUUGCUUAGUCGUGGUUUACUUUGUUUCAUUUGGUUGAGUGUAUCGGUGUGUGGUUUUUUCUUCUCUUUUGUGUGGAGUGGGGUGGCCAUUCCUGUUACCUCCAGAAACAGACAGCAGAUCAGUUGGGUGUCCCAUGGGGCUCUACAGCGGAGUUCUCGCCUGUGUUUCCUUCCCUCAGCUCCACCCCAUCACCGCCCAAAUCAGCAUCUCCAUAGAAAUCAUGACACAUGUACUAGCCCAAUGGCCACUGAUAUGGACUUUCACUCAAUCUAACCGACCGUAAAGACAGCAGACCUCUGACAGAGGACUGUGUCUUGGCCUUGAAUGGUGUUGGCAGGAACUGUGGUCGCAAGGCAAAGGGAAGACAACCACAGCAGCUGGUGACAGUGAGGGAGAAUCUGCGCCAUCAAUAGUUUUCUGGGAUCGGAGCGUUCCCUCCAGCUCCUGCUUACAUGUCCGUGACCAUGGCUCCCCAGAGCUCUGGCUCAGACCCAGACCUGGUGACAAGUGUGGUGGAACCUGCUAAAGAGCCCAAGAUGGAGCAGGAGACCGAGAGCCAGGAGGGGUCAGCAAGUGAGGGUCCAGCUGAGCGAAUCCCCCUUCGCCAGUGGGUCAUGCAUGGAGCCAUCAUGUUCGGCCGCGAGUUCUGCUAUGCUAUGGAGACGGCCCUGGUUACGCCAGUGCUGCUGCAGAUAGGUCUGCCGGAGCAGUACUACAGCCUGACCUGGUUCUUGAGCCCCAUCCUGGGCCUGAUUUUCACCCCUCUGAUUGGCUCAGCUAGUGACCGCUGUACCUUGAAAUGGGGUCGGCGUCGGCCGUUUGUCCUGGGGCUCUGCGUGGGAGUGCUAUUGGGUGUGGCCCUCUUCCUCAAUGGUUCUUUAAUUGGGCUUGCCAUUGGGGAUGUGCCAGGCAGGCAGACUAUUGGCAUAGUAUUGACAGUGGUGGGCGUGGUGCUGCUGGACUUCUGUGCAGAUGCUGCCGAGGGGCCCAUCAGGGCCUAUCUGCUGGAUGUGGCCAGCAAUGAAGAGCAGGACAUGGCCCUCAACAUCCAUGCUUUUGCAGCCGGGCUGGGAGGAGCAGUGGGCUACAUGCUGGGGGGUCUGGACUGGACCCACACUUUGCUGGGACGGGCCUUCAAAUCUCAGGAGCAGAUCCUCUUCUUCUUCGCCUCCAUCCUCUUCAUCGCCUCCGUGGGCUUGCACCUGUUCAGCAUCGACGAGAACAAGUACAAUCCCCUGCAGGACGGGCCGGAAGAGGAGGAGAUCCCAGCAUCCACUACCCUGCCCUUCUCCCUGCCCUUCUCCCUCUACCCCAUGGACGCCAUCACUGAGGAGCGCGGCUACGAUACCGCCGCCUGCCUGAUGAGGAGCAAGAGCGACUCCAUGCUAGCCAUGGUGGACCGAUCGCUGGACCUGAGCAUGCCCGACAGGACGCUGGACAUGAGCAGGGCCGACAGGACGCUGGAUCUGCAGCUGAACGAGGGGAUGCGCUUCCUGGGCGGGGCCGAGCUGCCCGUCUUCGACGAUCCCCCGCCUUCUCCCCCAGAGAGCGCGAGCGGCCUGACGAGCCCGCAGCAGGAGCCGGGCGGGGUCGCGGCUACGCCGUCCGGCAACGACUGGCUGCUCCCUCCGCAGGUCAAAGAACCCAACGGAGAGUCGAGCGCCUCCGGCACCCACGGCCACGCCCUGGGCCAAAGCCACGCCCCCGGCCAAAGCCACGCCCUCGGCCUGGCCCUCCCCACCGUCCGCCUGGGCUCCAGGCCCUGCAGCAGCUCGGUCCGGCGCCGGCGCCACCACGCCUUCCCCCGCCAGGCCUUCGCCUACACGUGCCACGGCCGCGUGGGUUACCGGCACUACCGGCGGCGCCGGGCCUACACCGAGGUGCCCAUCAAGCCCUCGCGCAGCCUGAGCGACAUCUACGAGAUCCGCAAGCGCCACCACCGGCAGCAGCAGCACCACCUGCAGCAGAGGCGGCACGCCGAGCGCCGCUGGGGCGUCCGCACCACCGCCCAGGGCGAGGAGGACGAGGUGGAGAGCGACGACGAGGAGACGGAGACCACCGUGCGCCUCCUCUGGCUCUCCAUGCUCAAGAUGCCGCCCAAGCUCCUGCGCCUGUGCAUCUGCCACCUGCUCACCUGGUUCUCCAUCAUCUCCCAGGCCGUCUUCUACACCGACUUCAUGGGCCAGGUCAUCUACAAGGGCGACCCCAAGUCCGCUGCAAACUCCACUGAACUGCAGAACUACAACAAAGGGGUGCAGAUGGGCUGCUGGGGACUGGUCAUCUAUGCAGCUACUGCAGCUACCUGCUCAGCUUUACUCCAGAAGUACCUGGACCACUUCGACCUCAGCGUCAAGGUCAUCUACAUGCUGGGAACGCUUAGCUUCACAAUCGGCACAGCGGUGAUGGCCAUCUUCCCCAAUGUCUAUGUUACCAUGGUGAUGAUCAGCACCAUGGGGAUCAUCUCCAUGAGCAUCUCCUACUGCCCCUAUGCCCUGCUGGGCCAGUACCAUGACAUUCCUGAGUACAUCCACCACAGUCCUGGUAACUCGCGGCGGGGAUUUGGCAUAGACUGCGCCAUCCUCACCUGCCAGGUAUACAUCGCCCAGAUUCUGGUGGCGUCAGCGCUGGGUGCGGUGGUGGACGCAGUAGGCAGCGUGAGGGUCAUUCCCAUCGUGGCCUCCGGGGGCGCCUUCCUUGGGUUCCUCACAUCCACCUUCCUGGUCGUCUACCCCAAAGUGACUGACGACGAGGAUGACAAGGAAGACGAGGACGACAAGAGCAACAAAGACUAGCGGGGCCCCGGUAGCUGGUGUUGGUAGAGCCGGGAAACGGCAAUGCCACAUAGCGGCAUCUCUCCACCUGCAGCCAGGGCAGAGUGUGAGUCCUUUCUGUCGCCACGAAUGGGACUGCAGUCCCGUGAAUGGACACACGGGGGAGUGCUAGGCUUUGCUGUAACUGCACUGUGCUGAGCAGAGACCUGAGAGUGACUACAGCAAUGCUAGGAGGUUCACACAGAAAGAUCCAAGGCAGUGCCUUUAACAGCCUCCGGGAGGGUGGUGUAUUAAUAGCCACAGGAAACACGUUAAACAUGUAGCACCUUCUCUUUAAAACGUGCAUUUCACCUCCAAUUAACCAGCUGUUCCUGAAAGAAAAGGGACUAAGUUUAAGCAUGAGAUGCAUGUUUUAGCAGGAGAAUAUUUCCCAUUUUAACUUGUCAUUCUGUUGAUAGAGAACAGAAAUAUAGAGAAACACAGCAGCUCGUAAAGUGGAAAUUUUUCUAUAGUCUCUCUCCCGAGAGCUUCACCCAGAGUGUGAACAAUGCAGGUUUUUAUCACUGAAAUGUUACAUAUUUCAGAAUAGACAGAAUUUUGUUUCUGGUUUAUCAAAUACCCCACCCCAUGUUUGCCAAAUCCAGGAGAGGAACACAGCUAUGCACACAGAGUUCUGGUUACAUUUGUUACUGUUCUUUCGGUUCCGUUUGGUUGUAUACUUUACUGUGCAGAAUAACAUGUUCCUGUGCUGGCAUAGACAUUAGAGGAAAUUCAAUAGGAGAAAGUAGUGGGACAGGAAUUUUAAUGUUACACAUUCCAUUUUACUCUGUUUACAUUUAUACCAGCUGAAGGGAUUUUUUUUUACUAAUUUGACCAGAGAGGGGAGGGCACCAAUGCCUGUCCUGGUUUACUCUGGCACAAAGAGCCUGGCAUCAAAUUGCUCUGCAGGAAGUCAGUGCAGCCAUUUUGGCUCAUUUUCUGCUUAGUUAGAAUAGGCUUAUCCAUGGCCAUGCUCAUUAUUUUGUGUUUCAGCAGAGCUGCAGAUGCCCUAGUGAUGGGUUUCUGGGUCAUGUGUCUGUGCUGGAGGUUUACCCUCCAGCUACCCAUAGCUCUAUAACCCAAUGGUUCAUUACAUUCAACACGGAUGAAUGGGGUAAAUGGUCACCUUACUUCAUAGAACACAUGCUGUGGAUUCUAAUGGAUACAACAGGAAGCUUCAAUAGAGAACAGGACAGUAGACAGAUAGAGGAUAGUGACCUUUACCCUUUACUACUGAACAAAGAAUCACAUUAGUUUUUACAAAUAUUCCAAGUACCUUUGACUAUCCUAUAGAAAUUUUGGGAUAGGUAUGUGUUGAAUGUGUGUAUAUACAGCUAAAUUCUAUAGCAGUAUCCAUAGUUGUGAAAAUGUACAUGUUGGAAAUUAAGUUUAAAAAAAAUAUACAAAUUAUAUAAAUUUAAUUUCUGACUAUUCAGAAAAGUUUCUGCUCUUAAACCAAUACUUAUUUAUGAAACAUGGGUGGUGUUUUUUUUGUUGUUGUUAAUUUCUCUUAAUAUACCAAAUAAAUAUUUGUUGCGGAACAUAGGAAAGUCUUGUUUAAUGGAUUUAAGUCUUUUUGAAUACUUGAAGUGGAAUUUGGGUGUUUCUCAGGCAUAAGAAGGUUUAUGAUUAAAGCUUCACUCUGGGAUUUUUAGGCAGAGUAGAAUUCAUCUUGGGAAAUAUUCAGUCUUUAUAUGAGAAACUGUAUUGCCACGCAGGUGGAAAGUAUGUAAAGUGGAGGUGCCCAAAGAGUGUCUGGGUUUUAAUUAAAUUCAUUGGUUAAUUGACUUGAAUUGAGGGGUUGGACAAAGGCCUUUGUGCAUGCAUUGUAAACACUGGAGGUGUAGAUGGCUGUUUAAUCUGUGUGGUUUUUUGACCUCAGGACAUUUUGAUUUUGUGUACCAAGUAACGAGAUUCUGAACGCAAGUGAAGAGAUGGGUAUGUUCCCCAGUCUUGCCCCAUGUGUUAACAUUCCUGUUCCAGGUUCAUCUUCUAUUUUGGCCACCGGUUAUAUUUGAAUAAAAUAAGUAUCUUUUCAAAAAUCUGAAUUUGAUGUCAUUUCACAGUUGUACUUAGUCUUUUUGCGAUGUUGAAAAUUUUAUUUUUAUUUUUUACAGCAAGUACUAUCUUUGUAAAAUAAAGGACUUAAUGUUU